AGUGUGGAGGGGCCGCGCCUCGCACCAUGGGCGGCGACGCCUCGGCGCUCCGGCUUGGAGGCGACAAGAUGUGAGCGCCAGGAGGUCGAUCGGUGGUACGCGCGGUCUGGAUGGCGCUCUCUCUUCACCGUUAACCUCUAUCUGCUGUUCCGUUCGAAAGCCAGGCCCCGUGUUUGCGUGGAACCCCAGAGCAAGUAACAUGCCAGCUCCUGAUAAUGUCCGAUUGAUGGAAUAGGGGAAGCUUCCCAUGUGGGAAGCACCCACUCAUCUCGCAAUGGAGUCUGAGACCACAGCAACCACCAUUUUGGCUUCAGUCAAAGAACAGGAGCUCCAGUUUGAAAGGCUUACAAGAGAGCUUGAGUUGGAACGGCAGAUUGUUGCAAAUCAACUAGAAAGAUGCAAGCUGGGAACUGAAUCGCCAAGUGGCGCCAGUGUCAGCAGCUCAACUGAAAAAUCCUUCCAUUGGAGGCCAACAGAAGAACUAACAGGAGGAAUAAAUCGAUGUAGAGUUUCGGAAAGCGCACAUCCCCAUUCCUUUACUAUUGAGACAGGACGUAAACAAUUGCCAAUUCUCGGAAGUGAACAAACAUCCCUUCGUGAAAGUGAGGGAUCUAUCGGAAACUCGCGAAGCUCUACGCAAAUGAACUCCUAUUCUGAUAGUGGUUACCAGGACACGGGCAGUUACUACAGCAGCCAGAAUUUGAUCAAGACUAUCCCAAGAAGUCUACACGAACCUGUUCAUAUUAGCACCAACAGUAAUCACCUAAUCCGAAAUUCUAGGCCGGAGGGACAGACAAUAGGCCAGGGUCCAAUGAAUGUCGCUGUUACCACAAAUAGGGCAAUGAGGAGGGUUAGCUCAGUCCCAUCCAGAACACAGUCACCAUCGUACGGUACAGGAGUGUCACCUUCAAGGGGGUCUCUGAGAACUUCGCUCGGGAGUGCUUGUGGCUCGCCGGUAUUAACGGAACCUCGGUCCAAUAAUUCGACAGUGUACUUGUCCUCCACGUUGCCAGCUCAAAGAGCAGGUUCGCCACGUACUGCCCAGCGAUCAACGUCACCAGCCACCAUCAGACGAAUUGGUUCAGUUACAAGACAGCUCACUAAUUCCAGCAGGGCAACCUCUCCGUAUCAGACUUUGGGAUCUUCUCUGAGAAUGGGUUCACCCCUCGCCUUAACAGCCGUACAGACGAGAGUAAACACUUCACCCCAAGGUCAAACCGGAUCACCAUCUCCAGCAAGGUCCACAAUGACUGCUGUCCCCCAACGAAUGGUGGCACCGCUGCAAAGGUCUCAUGCCAUAGACGGUGAUUUUUAUUGUCUACAGUCACCUGAAAUCUAUGAGCGGAUGGUUCCAACGCGGCCAGACAGCCUUGCAGGAUUACGUAGUUCAUACGCCAGUCAACAUAGUCAACUGGGAAAUGAAAUGCGUUCAGCCAUGUCGCCUGAUUUACAUAUAACUCCUAUCUACGAGGGAAGAACACUUCAAAGUCCCGUGUUUUGCAGCCCCAGCCAUGCAGGCGUGGAGCUUCAUCACGGCACGCAAACUGCAGUAUUUCGGGCAGCAUCAGCCAUUGGAAAUCUGCAACGAUCAGCCAGUCAGCGCAGCACAAUGACUUACCAAAGAAACAACUUUAGCCUGAAUUCUGUGGGCAAUUAUGGUGAUCCGUACAGAGUGCCCCAGUACCGACCAACUGAAUCUAAUUACCCUAGACUUCAUUAUAGCAUUCCACCUGAUGAAACUACAACAAGAUCCCCAUCAAUUGACAGCAUACAGAAGGAUCCAAGGCAGUUCGCAUGGCGUGACCCAGAAUUACCAGAAGUGAUUCAUAUGCUCCAACACCAGUUCCCUUCAGUUCAAGCUAAUGCAGCGGCCUAUUUACAGCACCUCUGUUUUGGAGAUAACAAAGUAAAAACAGAGGUGUGCCUAUUGGGUGGAAUUAAAUACUUGGUUGACCUUCUGGAUCAUAAAGUCCUUGAAGUGCAGAAGAAUGCAUGUGGUGCCCUUCGUAACCUGGUUUAUGGAAGAACAACCGAUGACAAUAAAAUAGCUGUAAAGAAUGAUGGGGGAAUCCCAGCCUUAUUGCGCUUGUUACGAAAAACUGUGGAUGCUGAAAUGAGGGAACUCAUUACUGGAGUCCUCUGGAAUUUGUCUUCGUGUGAUGGGGUGAAGAUGCCAAUUAUCCGUGAUGCUCUCACAACUCUCACAAACAAUGUUGUGAUACCUCAUUCUGGAUGGAGUAGUUCAUCUUAUGACGAAGACAGGAAAGUAAAAUUCCACACUUCGCUAGUGUUGCGAAAUACUACUGGAUGUCUAAGAAAUCUUAGUUCCGCGGGCGAAGAGGCUCGAAGGAAAAUUCGAUCAUGUGAGGGUUUGGUGGAUUCCCUACUGUAUAUCAUCCAGCUGUGUGUUAAUACUGCAGAUUAUGAUAGCAAGACCGUUGAAAACUGUGUUUGCAUCCUGAGAAACCUCUCGUAUCGUUUGGAACUAGAAGUUCCACCGGCCCGUUUGAUGGGAACAAGUGAACUGGAUGGAUUACUUGGUAGUGACUCUCCCAAUAAAGAUGCUGAAACCAGUUGCUGGGGUAAGAAGAAGAAAAAGAAGAAAAGAGAACCACAGGAAGAUCAGUGGGAUGGAGUAGGACCAAUCCCUGGAUUUUCCAAAUCUCCGAAGGGAGUUGAAAUGUUGUGGCAUCCUUCCAUAGUGAAACCCUAUCUCACCCUGCUUGCUGAAAGUUCAAACCCAGCGACAUUGGAAGGAUCAGCUGGAUCCCUACAGAAUUUGUCUGCAGGAACCUGGAAGUGGGCAGCGUAUAUACGAGCUGCAGUCAGAAAAGAGAAAGGUCUACCAAUCCUUGUUGAAUUACUAAGAAUGGACAACGAUCGUGUUGUUUGCUCUGUUGCUACUGCCUUGAGGAACAUGGCCCUUGAUGUAAGAAACAAAGAACUUAUAGGCAAAUAUGCAAUGCGGGAUCUUGUGCAUCGCCUUCCAGGAGGCCCGACACUGAUCAUGCUUUCUGACGACACCGUUGCUGCUGUAUGCUGUGCUUUACAUGAGGUGACUAUAAAGAAUAUGGAGAACGCCAAAGCAUUAGCUGAUGCUGGGGGAGUUGAGAAACUCGUAAACAUUACAAAAGGAAAGGGAGAAAGGUAUUCACUGAAAGUAGUUAAGACAGCAGCUCAAGUCCUAAACACGUUAUGGCAAUAUCGGGACCUUCGCAGCAUUUAUAAAAAGGAUGGGUGGAAUCAAAGCCAUUUUAUUACACCAAUUUCAACGCUGGAACGUGACAAACAUAAAAUUUCCACAUCUUACCCAGUAUUAUCAACAACUAAUCAAAAUAUGUCACCUGUUCUUCAAUCUGUGGCUAGCACGACCUCUUCACCAGCGCUCUUGGGAAUCAAGGAUCCACGAUCUAAUUAUGAGAAGACAAAGACAUCUGUGCAAUAUUACAACAACCAAGGAGAUGGUAUUACACACAAAGAUUUGACCAUGGGUUCCAGUAAGCUGUCACCAAUUUACAUAGGUUCCUAUUCUUCACCAGCAAAGGAGGAAUCAAGACGACUUCACCAUCCACAGAUGUACUAUGCCCAAGACGACUCGAGCAGGAGAAAUUAUGAUGCUUACAGAAUGUAUAUGCACUCUCCCCACAGUUAUGAAGACCCUUAUUUUGAUGACCAAAUUCAUUAUCCAGCAGUCACAGAUUAUACAUCACGAGGACUAAAAUCUUCAACUAAUUAUGUAGACUUGUAUUCCACAACGCGGCUGCCUUACCGAGCAGACCAGUAUCCAGGAUCUCCAGACUCCUGGGUUUAAUAUUAGAAAGACACAAUAGAAGAAAACUGUUUUUUUGCUCCAUUUUUGAGAUUUGAUUGUAAGUAAUCAUUGAUGUAAAAGAUUUCCAGUGGAGACAGUGUGAAUGUAACUUUAAGGAAGGAAUUGAGGAUGUGCAUCAUUUGGAAAAGGAUAUAGAAGGAACUGCAAAGGAAAAUUGAUGAGUCUUUAAAGUCAGACUAGAUGUUAGAUUUCUUAUGUAGCUUUUAUAGUUUGGUGGUGGUGUGGGCAAAGUGAUGAAAGGUUUGAGAUGGAAGAAAAUAGUUGGAUAAUGUAUGAGCAAAAUAAAAUGUGAAACUUCUGUGAAUAAAGUGUUAGUUUUGGUUUGUACAGACAUUUUAAAUAUAUAUGUUCAUUUUGUUUUACUGAAAUAUGGAAUCUGAAUUAUGUAUUGCAUACUCCUUGUAAAUUUUGCUUUCUUUGGUGUAAAUAUGGAAAUGCCAUGUGAACAAGGUUGAAGUCAUUUCUUAAAGGAGUAUCGUGUACGGAAGUUAAUUUUAAAAUACAAGAUUCUUAAAAUAGAUGAAUUAACCCAAAUGAAAAUAAGUGCAUUUUGUUUUAAAGGAGUUUUGUAAUUUCAAACAAUGUGUGUUUCCCAGUAAACUGAAAACUUAUUUUUCCAUUCCCAUUCUGUGGCUGGUUUCACUGCCAUUUGCUAUAUGCAUUUAUAAAUAAAUGUGAUCAUUCCAUAUAUUGAA